GUGUAAAUAAAGUGAGAGUGUAAAUAAAUUAUAGCGCACUAAUAAACUCCAGAAUAUAGCUUACAGUACUUUACAGUGAUUAUAUCUACCAAUCAUUAUUCAAAAUAUUAUGAUUAUUUCAAUUUAGGAGGUGUUGAGUCACUGUCUUUGAAAAGGGUGUGGGGGGCAAUCUUUUCCAUUGCAUGCAAGUACAAUCUCCUUGAUAAACACGAGGAAGAGAGAGAUACAAGAGAAAGAUAUUAACGUUAUGUGAAGCAAAGGUGCUUGUAUAGUUGUAUAGCACACAGUGAGCACAAAGAAAUUAAGAGUGCUGAAGAAGAUAACACUACAACUUUCAAACACAAACAUGUUCGAUGGAGUGCCAGAACAUUUGCACCAAUUCGUAGCUGCUAGGACCACUCUUCCGCUUCACUCACCAUUCCCACUCCUCCAUGUCUCUGCAGCACAGAAUAGCUUCCUGCCUUUUGAUCCUUACAACCCUUCUUCUCAUCAGCAACAAUUGCAACUCCAAACCAAUCUCUUGCACCACCAGUCCCCUGCUCACAAAAUUGAAGAUAAUGAAGCAAGUAGCACUCUUUCUCCAAUCAACUUUGAAAUUGAAAGAGAUCAAAGAAUAUUACCAGAGAUGACAGAUUCCUGGACAAACGAUGAAGUGCUUGCACUCUUGAGUAUCAGAUCUAGCAUGGAGAAUUGCUUCCCAGAGCUCACUUGGGAACAUGUCUCAAGAAAGUUAGCAGAGAUUGGGUUUAAGAAGAGUGCUGAGAAGUGCAAGGAGAAGUUUGAUGAUGAAAGCAGAUAUUUCAACAACAUUAAUUACGGAAAAAGCUACGAUUUUAUUAGUGAGCUUGAAGUGCUUUAUCAAGGUGGUGAUGAUCAAAACUCUGAUGAAAAGACUAAGCAACUUGAAAAGCCAAUGGAACAUUUGGAAGAGAAUUCUAGAAUAUUGGAUAAUAAUAUUGAUGAUGCUCCAGUGACCAAACAAUGUGAAGGAAAUGACAAAAUUGUUGAAAAGUCAAGGGAGAAAAAGAGGAAGAGGCGUGAGAGGUUUGAAAUGGUGAAGGGCUUUUGUGAGAGUGUAGUGAACCAAAUGAUGGCUCAACAAGAGGAAAUACACAAGAAGAUCCUCAGAGACAUGCUGAAGAGAGAAGAAGAGAAGCUCUCAAGAGAAGAAGCAUGGAAGAAGCAAGAGGUGGAUAGGAUGAACAAGGAGCAUGAGAUGAUGGCACAAGAGCUAGCUCUUGCAAGAGAUAAGCAUGCCACCAUAGCUGAAUUCUUGAAGAAAUAUGUAUCAAGUUUCCCUUCAAGCCAAAACAAAUAUCUCAACUCCAAAACAAAAGGUUCACAUAGAAAUUCCCAAAACCCUAAUCCUUCUACUUUUUUAGUUUGUGAAUCAGAUGUCUUCACUCAUUCGGGAAACUGUAGCGGGGGAGAGAACAAUCUUGAGCCAACACCUUCUUCGCAUAUGAUUAUUCUAGAUAAUCAUCCUCAAACUAUUACUCCUACUUCUCCUAGCCAAAACAAUUCAAAUUUACAAAACCCUAGUUCAAGUACCGCAUUGUUACAAGAUCCUUCUUCAUCCAAUUCAUCUUCAGCACCCCACAACCCUAGUUGUAAUUCUUCACUCAACAGCCAUGAAAAUCCACUAGAGUACUCAUAUUCAGAGGCUACAAAUAAAGCAACCCCAAUCACACUUGUUCCCUACAUGGAGAAAGGGGAUGUUGGGAAAAGAUGGCCAAGAGAUGAAGUGUUAGCAUUGAUAAACCUCAGGUGCAUGAGUCUGAAUAAUAACAAUAAUAGCAAUAAUGAAGAGAAGGUUCAAGGAAACAAAGGUCCUUUGUGGGAGAGAAUCUCACAAGGGAUGUCAGAGCUGGGGUACAAGAGGAAUGCAAAGAGGUGCAAAGAGAAAUGGGAGAACAUCAAUAAGUAUUUUAGAAAAACCAAAGAUGUUAAAAAGAAAAGGUCACUGGAUUCUAGGACUUGCCCCUACUUCCACCAACUGAGCUGUUUGUACAACAAUCAAGGAAAGCUUGCUCCACAAUCUGAAGAGCCAGGAUCUCUUGACUUGAAUCCAACCUUGAAUUCUGGGAAUAUGUCACUGGAUCAACCCCAAGCUGAGACUAAUUCUUUGGUUUAAUUCAGAUUAUACAUGUUGAUUGUGAGGUGAGAACGUGAUUAGUUUUGAUUCGUCAAUUUGCCCAUUUUCUAUAUGACAUAUAAAAUAAGGUCCAUUAUAUUUCUGAUUUUUUGUUUUUGGUGGCGAGAGGGAUUUUUAUAUACCAUUGGUUAGACAAUAUUUAAUUGUAUUUAGACUUUGCAGAGUACCACCGACAGCUAGAACAAUAUUUCUAUAUUCUGGAGUAUAUGACUUACAGACCAUUUAAUUCAAAUUUAUAUAUAUAUAUAUAUUUAUUUAUAUUUUA